ACGGACACCGGAGACGGGACGUGGGGGCCGGAGACGGCGGGGAGCGGAGCACGCGUGGGCAUCGCUUGUGCGCCCUUGUUUGCAGGUGUUUCCUGGGACACUUAAAAGCAGUUCUACCCGGUACCCGUUCCUCGGUUCCUCGUCCCCGGUUCUAGACCCCAGGCCGGCAUAGCCUGGAAAAAAGAAAGAGGAAGCCGACUAAGGCCAGCGCGGGAGGACCACGCCACGCCACCCCGGCGGCACACCUGGCUGUUUGCCCCCCCCCCCGCACCCCCUCCCGGCUUCGCUUCGGUCCGCGCGGGAGUGGGUACCAGGACUGGGAGAAGGGCACCACCGAACCCACAGGGCCCCUGCAGCAGGCUAGGGUGGGCAGGGGGAGGUACUUAGUGGGACUUUGUCCUCCCUGCCCACCAGUGUCACCUCCAGCCAAGUGCCAGAGGGGACAACACCCUGGAGGAACAGGCCGGCCUGCGUCCCGGCCUCUUUCUGCCAUCUGGCGUCAACAAGGCAGAAAGACAAGAGCCGGUGCCAAACUGGAGAAGGGACAGUAAUGGAGAUCAAACCAGGCAGGAGUUGUGUUUGACCACCAAACAACGCUGACUCUAAGGUCACCCUGAAGGACACUGUGCCAGUGUCCUAGAUUCAGUCUCUGGCCAGGGUUCGCCCCGCCCCCCAGCUGGGCCUGAGUCCCAGAAAGGCACAGAGUGGUCUCUGGGGACACAGUUAGGCUGUGCAGCCCCCACUCUCCAAGCCCCAACCAGCCAGGCCUUCGCAGUUCACCUUGCAUGGGGCCGUUGUUGAGACUGAAUGAGACGAAGAUGUCAAGAAAGGAGUACAGUGCCUGGAACCAGGGGCUAUCUGAUAACAUCUUUACAUCUUGACCUUCGAGAAAGGGCUGGUUUUUCAUCCCAUCACUGGAUGGCCCUAGGUAUGUCCCCACUCGCUCUCUUGCUCUAAUUGUACCUAGCUAUAAGGAGUGCAGGCUGCUCAGCCCGAGGGCCACAAGAAAUCACUUUCAAGUCUCCAUGGCAGAAGAUAGGGCGGCCCUCAAGGUCACCAACGACCUGAAAGCCUCCAUCUCUGCCAUCCUUCAGGGGUAUGGGGAUGGGCGAGGGCCAGUGACGGACGCCAGCGCUGAGCUGCACAGACUCUGCGGCUGCCUGGAGUUGCUGCUACAGUUUGACCAGAAAGCCCACAGAAGUUUCCUGGGAGCUCGGAGAGAUUACUGGGACUUCCUCUCUGCUGCUCUGCAGCAGCAGCGGGGAGACACAGAGAAGGUCCACUUGAUCCGCUCACAGGACAAGCUGAAGACCCCUCUGGGUAAAGGCCGCGCUUUCAUCCGCCUCUGCCUCGCCCGUGGACAGCUGGCUGAGUCGCUGCAGCUCUGUCUCCUGAGCCCAGAGCUCACCAGGGAAUGGUAUGGGCCCCGGAGCCCUCUGCUGUGUCCUGAGCUCCGGGAAGACAUUUUGGACGGUCUGUAUGCCCUCAAUGGGGUGACCUUUGACCUGGACCUGCAGCAGCCAGACCUGGAUGGAGCUUGGCCCAUGUUCUCAGAGUCUCGCUGCUGCAAUGCCAGCCAGACCCAGGGAAGAAGACAACGGAAGAUCAAAGGUUCCCCAAAGGAGGGGUCAGCAGCCCUGGGACGGACUCCUCUCAGAGAGCGGCCGGAAGGGCUCCACAGCAGCGGAGCCAGCUGUUUGCAAGAUGCACUCAGAGAAGACCUGCUGCCUGGCCUUCCCAGCUCCCCACAACCCAUGCAUCUUCCUGCCUUUCUGGAAAAGAAGGGAGAAGAUUUCAGUUGCCCUCAGAAGACCUGGGAACUGGAGGGGAAGGAGCUUCACAUAAACCAGGAGGAUGAGACCCCAAAGACUGAGAGAUUCUGGGAAAACUCAGUAGUCAGGAUCCAGCCAUGGAGAGGGAAGGCCAAGGAUGCUCAGAAGGAGGGCCUGGAAACAAAGGAAGGUGCCACCACCACAGAGAAGCCACAAGAGCCAACACAAGUAACCAGUGAGACCACACAGGAGGAUCCAGCAGAGGUGGCCUUGCAGGAGGUGGUCAAGGGCCUCCGAAACCAGCUCCAGCAAGCCAGAGAGCAGGCCCAGGGCCGGGAGCAGCUGCUACGGGUACAAGAAGAGGAGCUGCGGGCUCUCCGGGAGCAGCUCAGCAGGUGUCAGAGACAGAAAGCCCGGCUGCAGGCGGAGCUGGAGCAGGAGCGACAGGAGGCGGAGAGGAGAGAUGCCACGUACGAAGGGGAGCUUGCAGGGCAGCGGGACCUGGUCCAGGCCAUGAAGAGGAGGGUGCUGGAACUGAUUCGCGAGAAGGACAACCAGUGGCAGAGGCUCCAGCAGCUGUCCGCCUUGGUCCCUGGACACUGCGUGGGCUGCAGCAAGAUCUUUGGGAGGCUGUCGCGGAGGUACCCAUGCAGGCUCUGCGGAGGCCUGGUUUGCCAUGCCUGCUCGGCUGACUACAAGAAGAAUGAAUGCUGCUGCCCACCCUGUGCCCAGAGAGGAGACGACAAGGUCACCUGACCAAGAUAGCAAGAUGAGCCAAGGACAGACCACCCCAUUCAGUUCACUCGCUGCCUUCGUCCUUCCCAGCUCUGCAGUCUGUUCAUUCCUACCUUCUAGCAGCUAGUGAGCUUGGGCCCCAGAGCUGAGUGGAACAUGCCCCAGGAUCUGGAAGCUUGAGUCUAAUGUGAGGGGGAUGGGCUGCGGCUUCUCUAUCAAGUCCCUUGGGGCUCGGCAAGCCCAUGACUGUGACAAGAGCUGGUUCCCCUCCACACUCCCGCCUCACCCAGCCGCAGUGCCCACCUCGCACCCCAAGGAGAAGAGAAACUGCAUAGUGUGGGCUCUGCAGGGACUGCCUGCUGACCUGCUUCAGGGGCCUGUGCUUGGUCCAUUUUGUUUUACUUUUAACAGGUUUAUUGAGGUGCCAGUGACAUAUGAUAAACGUUACCUAAUGCGUGGGUUUUGACUUGAAUACACAUCCGUGCGGCCAGCGCCAUGUUCAUGUACAUAUCCGUUGGAGUCAAAGCUUCCUCAUGCCCUCUGGUAAAUGCCCAUGCUCAGCUCCUGCCUCCACACCCAGGCAACACUGACCCUUCUUCCUGUCACCAGGAAGCAUUGGCAUUUUCAAGAAUGCAUAUGAAUAAAAAUACACAGCAUGUUCCUUCGUGCUGCCUUCCUCCA